AUGGCUACACGUGCCGCCAACAAAAGAUUAACAAAGGAGUACAAGAACAUUACCGAAAACCCUCCACCCUACAUCACCGCCCACCCUAGCGAGUCCAACAUUCUGGAAUGGCACUACAUACUCGAAGGCCCCAAGGAUACCCCCUACGCCGGUGGCCAGUACUGGGGCACCCUGAUGUUCCCGCCCGACUACCCUUUCGCGCCCCCCGCUAUCCGUAUGCACACACCUAGCGGCCGCUUCCAACCUUCCACUCGCCUCUGCCUCAGCAUCUCAGACUUCCACCCCAAGAGUUUCAACCCAGCAUGGGAAGUCAGCACCAUCCUUCUCGGUCUGCAGAGUUUCAUGACCAGCGAGGAAAUGACCACUGGCUCGCUAUCUGCCUCGGAAGCCGAGCGCAUAGUCUUCGCUCAACGCUCCCGCUGGUGGAACAGCACAGGCGGCGGCUCCUCAAACCGCACAAUCCCUGGCUUGGGCCAAGCACCCAGCAGCAACACCCGCGGUUUCGGCGCCAUCAGAGCAGGCGACGCGGGCGUGAAGUUCAAGGAAGAAUGGCCAGAACUAGACGACCAAAACUGGAAAUGGAUGGAAGAACACAAAGUCGAUCCCCAGACCGGCAAGGUCGUGGCGCCUCCUCCGGUCGCAAGUGCGUGCUCGCCAGAGACGAAUGCGCUGAGGAAACGCCCUGUGGGCAGUCAUGCUGGGUUGGGUGCUGUGGUUGAGGGUGGCCAUGUUGCGCGCGAUGCCGGUCAGAGUUGGUUGAGGAGGAACAGGAUGUAUCUUGCUCUGGGCCUCAUCUUUGGCUAUGUCGUUCUGGCGCGCGCUUUGGGAGAGCCUGCUGCUUGA